GUCUCAGCUGCACCGCCGCUCUGUUAUAUCAGAGGGAAAACCUCAAGGAGCCAUGCAGAACUGUAGACGCUGCAUCAGCCUGCUGGGCCGGCGACCGUGCCUUGGGACCGUGUCGGACAUGCGACGGCUGCACCGGGCGGCGACACUGCUCUCCCGGAAGAAACAGGAUGACAACGUGAACGUGUCCGCGCUUUUCAAGCCGGUGCAGGUCCAGGCCAAUGCCGACGCCGAGGACGUGGGCUCCGAGCUGGUGGGCAAGCUGGAGAAGUCGGAGCUGCUGAAGAUACUCAACAAGUUUACGCAGCGCCGCGAAAUCAAGUCGCUGUGUAGCGAGAACGGACUGGACGCCUAUCUGCAGCAGCAGGCUUUUGGCUCGUUCCGACGCUAUUGCAUAGAGGCGGAUAACCUGCCCGUGGAUCUGCACAUCGUCUUUAGCGAUAUUACUCAGGGAGCGGGACACAUUGACGACAUAUUCCCCUACUUCCUGCGACACGCAAAGACCGUGUUUCCCCACCUGGACUGCAUGGAUGAUCUGAAGAAGAUCUCGGACCUGCGCCAGCCCGCCAACUGGUACACCAAUGCCCGUGCCAUCACCCGUAAGAUCGUCUUUCAUGCUGGACCCACUAAUUCCGGGAAGACCUACCACGCCAUGGAGCGAUUCUUGACGGCCAGCUCUGGCGUCUACUGCGGACCCCUUAAACUACUGGCCACCGAGGUGUACAAUAAGGCUAACGAACGCGGCACUCCUUGCGAUCUGGUCACCGGCGAGGAGCGGAAAUUCGGUAUCGGCGAGGGCUCGCCCGCUAACCAUGUGGCGUGCACCGUGGAAAUGACAUCGGUCAACACUCCUUAUGAGGUGGCUGUUAUUGAUGAGAUCCAACAGAUCCGUGACCCGCAGCGGGGCUGGGCUUGGACGCGGGCAUUCCUCGGUCUUAUCGCUGACGAGGUGCACGUCUGUGGGGAGGCUGGCUCCCUAGAGCUGCUGGAAAAGAUAUGUGAAACUACCGGGGAGACAGUAGAAGUAAGGCGCUACGAACGUCUAACGGAGCUGACGGUAGAGACCUCGGCUCUGGGUUCGUUGGAUAACGUCGUACCAGGCGACUGUAUAGUGUGCUUUAGUAAACAUGAUAUAUACACGGUUUCGCGAGAGAUCGAGGCCAGGGGCAAGGAGGUAGCCGUUAUAUACGGAGGCCUGCCUCCUGGCACCAAACUCGCUCAAGCUGCCAAGUUCAAUGAUCCAGCGAAUAGCUGCAAAGUGAUGGUAGCCACAGAUGCCAUAGGCAUGGGCCUAAAUCUGAGCAUUCGGCGUAUCAUUUUCUAUUCGCUGGUCAAGCCCACGAUGAAUGAGCGAGGCGAGCGAGAAAUCGACACCAUUUCGGUGUCGUCGGCCCUUCAGAUAGCAGGCAGAGCGGGCCGCUUCCGCACACAGUGGGAGCACGGUUAUGUGACCACCUUUAAGCCUGAGGACUUGCAGACUCUGCAGCGCAUCUUAGCACAGACUCCAGAGCCGCUUAAGCAGGCCGGCCUGCAUCCCACGGCCGAUCAAAUAGAGUUGUACGCUUACCACCUGCCCAACUCGUCGCUGAGCAACCUAAUGGACAUAUUCGUGAACCUCUGCACUGUGGACGACUCACUCUACUUUAUGUGCAACAUUGAGGACUUCAAGUUCCUAGCCGAAAUGAUACAGCAUGUUCCGCUGCCUUUACGCGCACGCUACGUGUUCUGCUGUGCCCCCAUUAACCGCAAGAUGCCUUUCGUGUGCUCCAUGUUUCUGAAAAUAGCUCGGCAGUACAGCCGCAACGAGCCGAUCACAUUUGACUUUGUCAAAAGAAAUUGCGGCUGGCCGUUCAAGCUGCCGAAGACUAUCCUGGAUCUGGUCCACCUGGAGGCCGUAUUCGAUGUGAUGGAUCUGUAUCUAUGGUUAAGCUACCGUUUCAUGGAUCUCUUCCCCGAAGCGGCGCAUGUAAGAGAGGCUCAGAAGGAACUGGACGAGAUCAUACAGCAGGGCGUCUUCCAAAUAACUCGCUUGCUCAAAAACACCGAGGCCAGCCAGGAGGGCGGAGAUGUGCCAAGCUACACAGUGCGCCGCGCGGUCACCUAUGUUAAGGAGCCACGUUUACCCAGCUCAUCGCGAGGUCGGCUAACCGAGCGACUGCUGGCCCAGGGUCUCCUCACGCCGGGCAUGCUAAGUGAGCUGCGUAAGGAGUGGGACGCACAAUCUAUUCCCAGUUCCAGCUCAAAGGACACUCAAGAGCCAACCACGGAUAGUGAUGACGAGGACAACUACUCAGGAAAUGCAAGAAAGGUGAGGCGAAAACGUAGAAAAUAG